GGCAAGAGACCGGAAAGAAGACUUGACAAACGACACAUUAAUACUGUUAGCCAAAGCGGUCGAAGUCGUCCAGGAGAAAAUGAAUAACAACUUAAUUUUUUGUUGACCUUUUUUGUACCUCGACAAGGUGUUUGACAGUGUAGAAAGACUUGGAUAAAACGUCAAACUUGAAAGAAGUUCGGAAGAUCGUGGUGAAAGGAAUUUAAUUGGACGAAAACUUUAGGUUAUAGUUGGCCAUAGUGGUCUUUCCCCGGGUGGUUUCGGUGGUUGUCUGGUGGGGCUUUCCACUCCAGACUAAACCAUGUCGUUACCAGCCAUGGGUACCGACCGGGAGAGUCUCUGCUCGAUCUUUCACGCUUGUGAUGUGGAUAAUUCUGGACGGAUUGAAAAAGACGACUUUGUCCAAAUCUGCUCAGAGCUCCUUGUCCCGCCGACGGAGAGAGAGCACAUAUUCUCUAAACUGGACACCGACAGAGACGGGACAAUCAAUCUAGCGGAGUUCAUUAGCGGCUUCCACCGGAUCUCUGAGCAAGUGUACUGCGGGGACAUGGAGCACAAGACCUGGGGAGUCUCCUCUCAGGCCUGGGAAGAUUUCCAGACCCGACUAGGGGACCAUGCCCAGUUCAUACCCAGGUCAAGUAUGGAUCAUAUUACAAAACAAUUAAUUAAUAAUACACUUUUGAUUUACAUAUUGUCCAAACGUCAUAUAGGAAUGCAAGCAUAAAACAGUUUCAAUGUACAUUUUCAGUGUAACCAAUAGGCUACAGGUUAUCUCCUUAUAAUAGAUUAAUAAUAUAUACCGUUGAAGUCGGAAGUUUACAUACACUUAGGUUGGAGUCAUUAAAACUCGUUUUUCAACAACUCCACAAAUGUCUUGUUAACAAACUAUAGUUUUGGCAAGUCGGUUCUGACAUCUACUUUGUGCAUGACACAAGUAAUUUUUCCAACAAUUGUUUACAGACAGGUGAUUUCACUUAUAUUUCACUGUAUCACAAUUCCAGUGGGUCAGAAGUUUACAUACACUAAGUUGACUGUGCCUUUAAACAGCUUGGAAAAUUCCAGAAAAUAAUGUCAUGGCUUUAGAAGCUUCUGAUAGGCUAAUUGACAUCAUUUGAGUCAAUUGGAGGUGUACCUGUGGAUGUAUUUCAAGGCCUACCUUCAAACUCAGUGCCUCUUUGCUUGACAUCAUGGGAAAAUCAAAGGAAAUCAGCCAAGACCUCUGAAAAACAAUUGUAGACCUCCACAAGUCUGGUUGAUCCUUGGGAGCAAUUUCCAAACGCCUGAAGGUACCAUGUUUAUCUGUACAAACAAUAGUACGCAAGUAUAAACACCAUGGGACCACGAAGCCGUCAUACCGCUCAGGAAGGAGACGCGUUCUGUCUCCUAGAGAUUAACGUACUUUGGUGCGAAAAGUGCAAAUCAAUCCCAGAACAACAGCAAAGGACCUUGUGAAGAUGCUGGAGGAAACAGGUACAAAAGUAUCUAUAUCCACAGUAAAACAAGUCCUAUAUCGACAUAACCUGAAAGGCCACUCAGCAAGGAAGAAGCCACUUCUCCAAAACCACCAUAAAAAAGCCAGACUACGGUUUGCAACUGCACAUGGGAACAAAGAUCGUACUUUUUGGAGAAAUGGUCUCUGGUCUGAUGAAACAGAAAUAGAACUGUUUGGCCAUAAUAACCAUCGUUAUGUUUGGAGGAAAAAGGGGGGCGCUUGCAAGCCGAAGAACACCAUCCCAACCGUGAAGCACGGGGGUGGCAGCAUCAUGCUGUGGGGGUGCUUUGCUGCAGGAGGGACUGGUGCACUUCACAAAAUAGAUGGCAUCAUGAGGAAGAAAAAUUAAGUGAAUAUAUUGAAGCAACAUCUCAAGACAUCAGUCAGGAAGUUAAAGCUUGGUCGCAAAUGGGUCUUCCAAAUGGACAAUGACCCCAAGCAUACUUCCAAAGUUGUGGCAAAAUGGCUUAAGGACAACAAAGUCAAGGUAUUGGAGUGGCCAUCACAAAGCCCGGACCUCAAUCCUAUAGAACAUUUGUGGGCAGAACUGAAAAAGCGUGUGCAAGCAAGGAGGCCUACAAACCUGACUCAGUUACACAAGCUCUGUCAGGAGGAAUGGGCCAAAAUUCACCCAACUUAUUGUGGGAAGCUUGUGGAAGGCUACCUGAAACGUUUGACCCAAGUUAAACAAUUUAAAGGCAAUGCUACAAAAAUACUAAUUGAGUAUAUGUAAACUUCUGACCCACUGGGAAUGUGAUGAAAUAAAUACAAGCUGAAAUCAAUUAUUCUCUCUACUAUUAUUCUGACAUUUCACAUUCUUAAAAUAAAGUGGUAAUCCUAACUGACCUAAGACAGGGAAUUUUUACUAGGAUUAAAUGUCAGGAAUUGUGAAAAACUGAGUUAAAUGUAUUUAGCUAAGGUGUAUGUAAACUUCCGACUUCAACUGUAUAUACCAAAUAUUUGUGUACUAUUGUUGUGUUUUAAUUAAAUCUGUUGGGCUAUUCCAGUGUCAAAACUUCUCCCACUUGUAUUAGCCAGAUGUGGUUCACACCUCUAUGUGUGUGCACGUGCAUUCGUGCACACACAUUACUCAGGCCAGUCUAGGUUUUGGAUGAAAUAUAUCAAAUAUCUCUAAGCGCACCAAUAGAAAUCCUUGCAGCAACCUAACCCCGAAAGAAUGAGCAAGAGAAAGAGACAAAGGAAAGAAGGAAGGGAAGGUAUCAGUAUCCUAUGACAGGUUUUGAAAUUACGUCCCAUUGAGCAGUCAGAGAGAAAGCCCUCCUAGGGCUGGCAUGGGACUGAGCCGCGCCCUGACAUGCUACCAUGGAGGGGACAUUGAUUAACACCGUGAUUCCAUGUGCCCCAUCAUAUCUUAAAUAGACCUCAUUAUGACUGUUUGAUCACCAGCUUCACCAGCUGUAGAAAGUCACCCAUUGGAACUAACAUCUUAGCCGGUUUCUUUGAAAAAGGACCCCUCCUGGGGCACUCCAUUAGUGAUGGAGACAGAGGGUUUUCCAUUGCUGUGGAUCAAAUGUUCUCAUUAUUGUGUGAUACAACAGUCAUGCCUGUACUCAGUAGGCCUACAUCCACCCAGGCCUCAGAUCCAGAGACCAAGGUCACCAUACUAUUGUAUGCCCAUAGAAGAGCCAUGGGUGGAGUAGAGCAGGGAUCAGUAAUGGUACCACUCCUAAGUAGUUCUAGUUUAAGAAUAUAUUCUAAGCAUGUAACUAGAUGUGUUAUUAAACAACAGAGGAGUGAGGUUAGCUAAAGCAGAAACUCGGGCAACCAGGCUAGGGUAGAGCUGGAUUCCUAGGGAUAUAGCCAAUACUCUACAGUCAUGGACAAACAACCACCUUUUAAAAUCCUCUCACUGUAAAAUAUGAUGUUUAUUGGGAUUUUAUUGGUUUUUGAUAGUGUCAGAUGUGAAUUAAGGGAGAUAUAGAAGUGAGAAGGCCGGUGGGGCUGGGGUUCGAUCCCACGCAAGCUAACCCAACCAGGCAUUUCAGACACUUUUUGAUUACUAUCAUUACUAUCAUAAUGUUUUUAGUACUAACAAAAUUAUUUUUUGCAUUUCUUAACUUGAAACAUUGCAUUGAAGAAGGUGUUCCCUCUGUAAGCCCUGGAUUUUAAGACCCGUGGUGUGUACCAGUGACACUGCCUAUCUUGGCAGUGCUGUUGAUUGUAGGACACUGAGUAUAUAUGCUCAGGGAUUAUAAUCUGGUCACCUUGUCGAAGGCAAACACAUACACACACAUACACACACACACACUUUAGAGACCUCUACCCAUCUGACGCAGUUUAAUGAGCCAUGAAUGAGUUACUUUCUUAAUUAGGCAAAAAAAACACAAAAAAAACUACAACAUUUACAUGUAAAUGUAAGUACCUGAAUAGAUAUCAGGUAAAUACUGUAGCCUACAUACAGUGGGGAGAACAAGUAUUUGAUACACUGCCGAUUUUGCAGGUUUUCCUACUUACAAAGCAUGUAGAGGUCUGUAAUUUUUAUCAUAGGUACACUUCAACUGUGAGAGUUGAAGUGUACCUAUGAAAAAAUCCAGAAAAUCACAUUGUAUGAUUUUUAAGUAAUUCAUUUGCAUUUUAUUGCAUGACAUAAGUAUUUGAUCACCUACCAACCAGUAAGAAUUCCGGCUCUCACAGACCUUUUAGUUUUUCUUUAAGAAGCCCUCCUGUUCUCCACUCAUUACCUGUAUUAACUGCACCUGUUUGAACUUGUUACCUGUAUAAAAGACACCUGUCCACACACUCAAUCAAACAGACUCCAACCUCUCCACAAUGGCCAAGACCAGAGACCUGUGUAAGGACAUCAGGGAUAAAAUUGUAGACCUGCACAAGGCUGGGAUGGGCUACAGGACAAUAGGCAAGCAGCUUGGUGAGAAGGCAACAACUGUUGGCGCAAUUAUAAGAAAAUGGAAGAAGUUGAAGAUGACGGUCAAUCACCCUCGGUCUGGGGCUCCAUGCAAUAUCUCAACUCGUGACCAUCAAACAGGAAAAGCGUCAAUAGAGGACUAAGAUCGAAUCCUACUACGCUGGUUCUGAUGCUCGAUGGAUGUGGCAGGGCUUGCAAACUAUCACAGAUUACUAAGGGAAACCCAGCCGCGAUCUGCCUAGCGACGCUAGCCUACCAGACGAGCUAAAUGCCUUCUAUGCUCACUUCAAGGCUCGCUUAAUAAUAAUAUAAUAAUAUGCCAUUUAGUAGAGGCUUUUAUCCAAAGCGACUUACAGUCAUGCGUGCAUACAUUUUUUUAUGUAUGGGUGGUCCCGGGGAUCGAACCCACUACCCAGGCGUUACAAGCGCCAUGCUCUACCAAUUGAGCUACAGAGGACCACAAGGCAAGCAACCCUGAACCGUGCAUGAGCGCACCAGCUGUUCGGGACGACUAUGUGAUCUCACUCUCCAUUGCCGAUGUGAACAAAUUCUUUAAACAGGUUAACAUUCGCAAAGCUGCGGGGCCAAAUGGAAUACCAGGACUCGUACUGAGAGCAUGCGCUGACCAACUGGCAAGUGUCUUCACUGACAUUUUCAACCUAUCCCUGACCCGGUCUGUAAAACCAACUUGUUUCAAGCAGACCAACAUAGUCCCUGUGCCCUAGAACACCUGCCUAAAUCACUAUCGUCCAGUAGCACUCACAUCUAUAGGCAUGAAAUGCUUGGAAAGGCUGGUCAUGGCUCACAUCAACACCAUCAUUCCAGACACCCUGGACCCGCUCCAAUUCGCAUACGCCCCAACAGAUCCACAGAUGACGCAAUCUCUAUUGCACUCCACAUUGCCCGCACCCACCUGGACAAAAGGAAUACCUAUUUAAGAAUGCUGUUCAUUGACUACAGCUCAGCAUUCAACACCAUAGUCCCCUCCAAGCUCAUCACCAAGCUCAGGACUCUUGGACUGAACACCUCCCUCUGCAACUGGAUCCUGGACUUCCUGACAGGCCUCCCCAGGCAGUGAGGGUAGGCAACAACACAUCUGCCACACUGACCAUCAACACAUGGGCCCCUCAAGGGUGUGUGCUUAGUCCUAUCCUGCUGUACUCCCUGUUCAUCCACAACUUCCUGGCCGCGCACGACUCCAACACCAUCAUCAAGUUUUGCUGACGACACGACGGUGGAAGGACUGACCAACGACAACAAAGAGGCUAUAGGGAGGAGGUCAGAGACCUGGCAGUGUGGUGCCAGGACAACAACCUCUUCCUCAACAUCAGCAAGACAAAGGAGCUGAUCGUGGACUACAGGAAACGGAGGGCCAGCACAUUCACAUCGAUGGGGCUAUAGUGCAGCGGGUCGAGAGCUUCAAGUUCAUCUGUGACCACAUCACUAAGGAAUUAACGUGGUCCACACCCACACAGUUGUGAAGAGGGCACGACAGCACCUCUUCCCCCUCAGAAGGCUGAAAAGAUUUGGCAUGGACUCUCAGAUCCUCCAAAAGUUCUACAGCUGCACCAUUGAGAGCAUCUUGACUGGCUGCAUCACCGCUUGGUACAGCAAAUGCAAGGCAUCCAACCGCAAGGCACUAGAGAGGGUGGUGAGUACGGCCCAGUACAUCACUGAGGCCGAGGUCCCUGCCAUCCAGGACCUCUAUACCAGGCAGUGUCAGGGGAAAGCUCAAAUAAUUGUCAAAGAUUCCAGCCACCCAAGCCAUAGACUGUUCUCUCUGCAACCACAUGGCAAGCGGUACCAGUGCACCAAGUCUGGAACCAACAGGACCCUGAACAGCUUCUACCCCCAAGCCAUAAGACAGAUAAACAUGGCUGCUAAAUAGCUCAUCAAUUUAGCUACCCGGACUACCUGCAUUGACCCUUUUUUGCACUGACUCUAUGCACACACUUGAUUCUACCCACACACUCACACAUACUUACACUGACACCCCAACAAACACAUACACUCACACACACUACAUAUGCCCACACACACAUAGUAUGCGCACACAUGCAUACUGACGCCACACACAUACUUUCACACUCACCACAUAUGCUGCUGCUACUGUCUAUUAUUUAUCCUGAUGCCUAGUCACUUUACCCCUACCUACAGUAUAUGUACAUAGCUACCUCAAUUACCUUGUACACCUGCACAUCGACUCGGUACUUGUACUCCCUGUAUACAUGUUCUUUUGACUCAUUAUUGUUAUUCGUUAUUCACUGUAUUUAUUCCUUGUGUCACUAUUUCUAUUUUUUAUUUAAAAAAAAUAUCUACUACCUCCAUUCACAAUUUUUUUGAAGGGUCUCGUUUUUAAAACACUCUUGCACUGACUCAAUGCACACACAGUGGUCUCUACCCACACACACAUACUUACACUGACACCCCAACACACACACACACACACACUACAUACGCCCACACACACAUAACAUGCGCACAUAUGCAUACUAACGCCACACACUCUCACACACACACACACAUGCCAUAGGCCGUACACCACAUACACUGCUGCUCCAGAUCAGUCUAUUAUCUACUUUACCCCUACUAUAUGUACAGUGGGGAAAAAAAGUAUUUAGUCAGCCACCAAUUGUGCAAGUUCUCCCACUUAAAAAGAUGAGAGAGGCCUGUAAUUUUCAUCAUAGGUACACGUCAACUAUGACAGACAAAUUGAGGAGAAAAAAAUCCAGAAAAUCACAUUGUAGGAUUUUUAAUGAAUUUAUUUGCAAAUUAUGGUGGAAAAUAAGUAUUUGGUCACCUACAAACAAGCAAGAUUUCUGGCUCUCACAGACCUGUAACUUCUUCUUUAAGAGGCUCCUCUGUCCUCCACUCGUUACCUGUAUUAAUGGCACCUGUUUGAACUUGUUAUCAGUAUAAAAGACACCUGUCCACAACCUCAAACAGUCACACUCCAAACUCCACUAUGGCCAAGACCAAAUAGCUGUCAAAGGACACCAGAAACAAAAUUGUAGACCUGCACCAGGCUGGGAAGACUGAAUCUGCAAUAGGUAAGCAGCUUGGUUUGAAGAAAUCAACUGUGGGAGCAAUUAUUAGGAAAUGGAAGACAUACAAGACCACUGAUAAUCUCCCUCGAUCUGGGGCUCCACGCAAGAUCUCACCCCGUGGGGUCAAAAUGAUCACAAGAACGGUGAGCAAAAAUCCCAGAACCACACGGGGGGACCUAGUGAAUGACCUGCAGAGAGCUGGGACCAAAGUAACAAAGCCUACCAUCAGUAACACACUACGUCGCCAGGGACUCAAAUCCUGCAGUGCCAGACGUGUCCCCCUGCUUAAGCCAGUACAUGUCCAGGCCCGUCUGAAGUUUGCUAGAGUGCAUUUGGAUGAUCCAGAAGAGGAUUGGGAGAAUGUCAUAUGGUCAGAUGAAACCAAAAUAUAACUUUUUGGUAAAAACUCAACUCGUCGUGUUUGGAGGACAAAGAAUGCUGAGUUGCAUCCAAAGAACACCAUACCUACUGUGAAGCAUGGGGGUGGAAACAUCAUGCUUUGGGGCUGUUUUUCUGCAAAGGGACCAGGACGACUGAUCCGUGUAAAGGAAAGAAUGAAUGGGGCCAUGUAUCGUGAGAUUUUGAGUGAAAACCUCCUUCCAUCAGCAAGGGCAUUGAAGAUGAAACGUGGCUGGGUCUUUCAGCAUGACAAUGAUCCCAAACACACCGCCCGGGCAACGAAGGAGUGGCUUCGUAAGAAGCAUUUCAAGGUCCUGGAGUGGCCUAGCCAGUCUCCAGAUCUCAACCCCAUAGAAAAUCUUUGGAGAGAGUUGAAAGUCCGUGUUGCCCAGCGACAGCCCCAAAACAUCACUGCUCUAGAGGAGAUCUGCAUGGAGGAAUGGGCCAAAAUACCAGCAACAGUGUGUGAAAACCUUGUGAAGACUUACAGAAAACGUUUGACCUGUGUCAUUGCCAACAAAGGGUAUAUAACAAAGUAUUGAGACACUUUUGUGAUUGACCAAAUACUUAUUUUCCACCAUAAUUUGCAAAUAAAUUCAUAAAAAAUCCUACAAUGUGAUUUUCUUGAUUUUUUUUUCUCAUUUUGUCUGUCAUAGUUGACGUGUACCUAUGAUGAAAAUUACAGGCCUCUCUCAUCUUUUUAAGUGGGAGAACUUGCACAAUUGGUGGCUGACUAAAUACUUGUUUCCCCCACUGUACAUAGCUACCUCAAUUACCUCGUACGCCUGCACAUCGAUAUUGGUACUCCCUGUAUAUAGCCAUGUUAUUUUAUACUCGUUAUUGAUAUUCGUUAUUUGCUGUGUAUUUAUUCCUUGUCAUUUAAAAACGCUGCAUGGUUGGAAAAGUAAGCAUUUCACUGUUAGUCUACACCUGUUGUUUUAUGAAGCAUGCUACAAAUCAAAUGGAGCUGUUCUGUUCCAAGUAUACUGUAGCUGUUCCAAAUGUGUUUUAGAUGAAAGGCCUUAUGCUGUUGUAACUUGUAUUGACAUUCCCCUGUCUCCUGUCCGUCUGUCUGUCCGUCCGUCUGUCUGUGUUGUGUGUUUUUGUCCGUGUGUCUGUCUGCGUGUAUGUCUGUGUGUCUGUCUGCCUGUCUGUCCAUUUGUCUGUCUGUGUUGUGUCUGUAGGAAUGAGCAGGCAGCCACGCUGUACCAGAACAUCAGUAUGACAGAGCCCAGGAUGGUGCCUCAGUACGAGAGAGUCAUCAUGAGCUUCACCAGAGAGAUCAAGCAGCACAAUGCUGAGAUGGAGAACCUAGCCCUGGCUGUGAAACGGUACUAACACACGCACGCACGCGAUGCGCACACUCACCGACAACUGCAGUUCGCUUAAACACACAUACUGUACAUACACUGUACACAUGCAGACAUUCUAUCAUACACGUCCUCAAAUACAAAUGGGUCGUUCUACGAAAAGAGUGCCUUUUGCAUCCAUUUGAUGUUUUAAGUAGAAAUUGUGCUCCAAUAUAUAAUUUUAUAAGGCCUGUUAUAUUAAAUGAAGUGCUCUUUAAUCUAGACCACAUGGAGACCACAAUAAAUCAAAUGUUUAUAUGAAUAAAGGCUUGCUAAAGGGCCAUAGUUAUCCCUCCGUCAACCCUGUGUCAUUCUAGGAAGAUUUUAACCCACUUAAUCCCUAAACUUCCCCAUCAUUGUAAAGCCCUAGUUAUUUUGUUGCUUUGACAAAGUCAUUUCUGAAGAUUAUUAUUUAACUGAGCAGGUCGAGCAUAACACGUCAACCCUGUUACCCAUAGAUAGGCUAGAAAUAAAUAAAUAGAAAAAAUGAUGCAAUAAUGCAUUCAAUUGCCACUUCCUGUUGCACACAACAAGCUUCCAUUCCCCCUGUCACAAUGGGAUUUAUGGCUGAUUUAAGAAGAAAUAAUCAACCCUGUCACGGUCAACCUUUUACUUUAUUUGGCACUUAAUAGGCACUUACUAUAAUAUUUUUUAUUUAUUUAACCUCUUUCGAUGGGAAAACGCUUUUUAAUGAAGUUGAGCAUGUUAAAAUUAGGUGAAAUCCAACGUUUCUUUGACCAAAUUACACUUCUCAAAAGGUACCGAAAUGGUGGAACGACCCAAAUACACACACACCAAUACCGAUAUAAUAUAUGAAGUUACAGUACUAUGUUGUAUUUCUGCUCAGAGCCCAUGACCAAGCCGCCAUGCAGCUCAGUGAGAUGGAGGAGGAGAUGGAUCAACGCAUCCAUGCAGCAGAGAACAACACACAGCAACAGGUGACACACACUUGCAUGAUUGUCACUUCUCACUUUAGAAAUGAUGUCCAUGUUAUCAUUCGGUCUGGGCAGGUUGUGUUCCUACAGGGUUUAGCCAGUGAUAAGAAGGGUGGAGCUCAUCUCUUCACUCAUGUCAAAUAGAGAGGACUUGGGAUCAGAUUACUCAUACAACCUCAAACACUCCUCAGCUGUGUUGAGGUCUGAUACGUCAACCUGUUAUCAUUUCUGGAUUUUAUAUACUGUGUUUAUUUAUAAUAAUUUGUUAGAAGUAACUCCAGUGGGAUGUUGACGGAAAACGUCCAGUUUCCAUACUUCCAUGGAAAGCUCCUAUUCCUGGAAUCUCUCAUUCCUCUACUCUGGGAACACUUAUCUCCCCCCUGUGUGUGUGUGUGUGUGUGUAGUUAUGUACAUUAUGUAAGUGUGCUACAUCAGCUCUGUUUGUUGUGCAGCUGCUGUUUGCUUAGUCUAAGAAAAGCACCCACACACACACACAUCAGAAGGAAGGAUCUGAAAGUCUAUGUCAUCGUCCAGUGAGGCAGUUACAGUGUAUCCGAUCAGUAAAAAGCAAUCUACUACUUCAGCACUCAUGUUCCUUGAUACACCCUGGCCCCCUACACCUGUCACUCAAACUGCCCUAAAAUAGCACAGCACAACCUCUUAUCAGUGGAACAUAGAGGAGUGAUAUAAAAGAAGUACAACACACGCACACACACACACAGAAACACACGCACACACACACACACACUGUGCCAUUUGAUUUGGACAGUAGUUGGGAUUUUGGCAGUAGGGGAAUCUGUAUAUUGGCAGUGUGUGAACAGUUGAUGAUGUAAGCCUUUAUAAUUGUGUCUUAUAUCCUUGUGGAGGCCAUAAGCGAUGGGAUGAUGCUAAACCAUGUUCUAUUCUGUUAUCGGUAGGAGGCCAAGAAGACUGAGGCAGCUCUGAGUGAGCUGAAGAGACACUAUGAGACUGAGGUGUGUGAGCUGCAGCACAAGGUCCAGAAGAUGCAGCUGGUGAGUUUACCAUUCGACUGUUCAUCACUUACACUGUUCCAUCUAGUACACACUAAAGAUAUCCUUUAUAGUUCAGGUGGUGUGAAAUAAAUGUUAACUUUUCCAUAGAAGUAUGAAACUUGGUACACAGUUUGGGGCCAAGUUUCAUGCUGUUAUGAAAAAGUGAACAAUUAACCUAAGAUUUGGCACCUGUGUUAUACAGUGAGGGAAAAAAGUAUUUCAUCCCCUGCUGAUUUUAUACGUUUGCCCACUGACAAAGACAUGAUCAGUCUAUAAUUUUAAUGGUAGGUUUAUUUGAACAGUGAGAGACAGAAUAACAACAAAAAAAUCCAGAAAAACGCACGUCAAAAAUUUUAUAAAUUGAUUUGCAUUUUAAUGAUGGAAAUAAGUAUUUGACCCCUCUGCAAAACAUACUUGGCGGCAAAACCCUUGUUGGCAAUCACAGAGGUCAGAUGUUUCUUGUAGUUGGCCACCAGGUUUGCACACAUCUCAGGAGGGAUUUUGUCCCACUCCUCUUUGUAGAUCUUCUCCAAGUCAUUAAGGUUUCGAGGAUGACGUUUGGCAACUCGAACCUUCAGCUCCCUCCACAGAUUUUCUAUGGGAUUAAGGUCUGGAGACUGGCUAGGCCACUCCAGGACCUUAAUGUGCCUCUUCUUGAGCCACUCCUUUGUUGCCUUGGCUGUGUUUUUUGGGUCAUUGUCAUGCCGGAAUACCCAUCCACAACCCAUUUUCAAUGCCCUGGCUGAGGGAAGGAGGUUCUCACCCAAGAUUUGAUGGUACAUGGUGCCGUCCAUCGUCCCUUUGAUGCAGUGAAGUUGUCCUGUCCCCUUAGCAGAAAAACACCCCCAAAGCAUAAUGUUUCCACCUCCAUGUUUGACGGUGGGGAUGGUGUUCUUGGGGUCAUAGGCAGCAUUCCUCCUCCUCCAAACACGGCAAGUUGAGUUGAUGCCAAAGAGCUCGAUUUUGGUCUCAUUUGACCACAACACUUUCACCCAGUUCUCCUCUGAAUCAUUCAAAUGUUCAUUGGCAAACUUCAGACGGGCCUGUAUAUGUGCUUUCUUGAGCUGGGGGACCUUACGUGCGCUGCAGGAUUUCAGUCCUUCACGUCGUAGUGUGUUACCAAUUGUUUUCUUGGUGACUAUGGUCUCAGCUGCCUUGAGAUCAUUGACAAGAUCCUCCCGUGUAGUUCUGGGCUGAUUCCUCACCGUUCUCAUGAUCAUUGCAACUCCACGAGGUGAGAUCUUGCAUGGAGCCCCAGGCCAAGGGAGAUUGACAGUUAUUUUGUGUUUCUUCCAUUUGUGAAUAAUCUCACCAACCCUGACAUCCUUGGAGAGCUAUUUGGUCUUGGCCAUGGUGGAGAGUUUGGAAUCUGAUUGAUUGAUUGCUUCUGUGGACAGGUGUUUUUUAUACAGGUAACAAGAUGAGAUUAGGAGCACUCCCUUUAAGAGUGUGCUCCUAAUCUCAGCUCGUUACCUGUAUAAAAGACACCUGGGAGCCAGAAAUCUUUCUGAUUGAGAGGGGGUAAAAUACUUAUUUCCCUCAUUAAAAUGCAAAUCAAUUUAUAACAUUUUUGACAUGCGUUUUUCUGGAUUUUGUUGUUGUUAUUCUGUCUCUCACUGUUCAAAUAAACCUACCAUUAAAAUUAUAGACUGAUCAUGGGCAAAUGUACAAAAUCAGCAGGGGAUCAAAUACUUUUUUCCCUCACUGUAAGUGUCUACUCCCUCAGAUUGAAGACCAGUACAAGAACAUCAAUAUGAAAGACGAGUCUUCAACCCUGAAGAGAAAGAUCAACGAACUGACUCUGGUGAGAUGGGUCUUCUUGCUAGUCCUAUAUCACUCUGUACACAUCCUUUAACUCUGUUCCAUUUCCUAAUAAAGACAAUGGAGCUGAAUCAUUCUGGCUCUGACCAUGCUGUCGCCUGUCGCUAAACCCUACUCCCUCUCUCUUCUCUAUCACGCUCCCUUUAUCACUCUCUCUUUUGCUCUCUCCCCCUCUCUUUACCUCUCUCUCUCUUCUCUCUCUCUCUCUCUCUCUCUCUCUCUCCUCUCUCUUUCUCUCUCUCUCUCUCUCUCUCUCUCUCUCUCUCUUCUCUCUCUUCUCUCUCUCUCUCUCUCUCCUCAGGAAAACCAGCGUUUGAAGCAGGAGUUGAUGCAGUCUCACACUAACAUAGCCUUCUUGCAGAGUGAACUGGCCUCUCUAAAGAGUGACCUGACAGACCACAGCAUCAACUCUGAGCGGUGACACACACACACACACACACACACACACACACACACACACACACACACACACACACACACACACAGUUACUGUAUCAUGGGUGUUAGACACCCAUUGUGCAUGAGGCACAAUCGUCUUCAUGUAUUACAUAAUCAGUGUUGAACUGUUAAUAAAUCAUACACAUAUGUCAUGCCGUUACAUAAUCUAGUGAUGUCAUUAGUAAUAAUCUAAUAUCUACUAGAUGUAAUACUAUUUGUGAAAUGAUCAAUCAGAUUUUUCUGCAGUGGCACAUUGAGAAUCCCAAAGUACACUGAGACACACAACACACAGUCACAAAGCCAAAACACACACACACACACACAGACCCUUUGACACCUCAUCCCAGCCUGGGCUGUGGUUUCGCCUUGAGCCAUCCAGUCACUCAGUCAGUCAGGCAGCAGAGGCCACAGCCCAAGGCCAGUGUGACUGCCUCCCUGUCUGUGUACCUGGCUGCUCCCUCCCGUCCCUGUGGUGGUAACAUGUUUGUCAGGCUUGUAACAGGAUAUCCUAGUGUGACCUCACACUCACAUAGUCUCACAACCUGGUUACCUGGCAACCAGUCUCACACUUCGCUUUUGAACCCGUUCCGUUCAAACAAAGUUUGUGUUGUGAAUGUGCCGAUUCUUUGAGAUUGUUGAAGUGACUGCUUUUGUCUGCAUUAUUAGAAUGUACAACCUGUUUUUGGAGAAUUCAUGUAUGUGUUAUUGUAGUUUAUGUAGUAUGUGUUAUUAUAGUUUGUGUAGUAUGUGUUAUUGUAGUUUAUGUAGUAUGUGUUAUUGUAGUUUAUGUAGUAUGUGUUAUUGUAGUUUGUGUAGUAUGUGUUAUUAUAGUUUGUGUAGUAUGUGUUAUUAUAGUUUGUGUAGUAUGUGUUAUUAUAGUUUGUGUAGUAUCUGUUAUUGUAGUUUGUGUAGUAUGUGUUAUUGUAGUUUAUGUAGUAUGUGUUAUGAGAGUGUAUGUAGUAUGUGUUAUGAGUAUGGAGUAUGUGUUAUGAGUGUUUAUGAAAGUGUAUGUAUUAGUUGUGAAUGACUGUGUUUGUAUGUGCAGGGAUGAGGUGAUGAUGAGAGAGUUCUCUGAUGAGAGGGAUAACCUGGAGCAACAGAUAGAGAUCCUACAGUAAGUCUGGCCAAUCACAGUGCUCGCCUGACACACAAACAGGAACACUUCAAGACUCACAACUUAAUGUUACCGUGAGUAGCCUGUUAACUGACGAACAUGAAGUUGUAAGCCUUGGAAAAUCUUGAAGAGUUUCUGUUUUUGAAAACCUCAAGUCAUUUUCCUCAGAAUACCUGCCAAGGGCUCUUUUAUUCACCCCUUCCUGUUCUUAUCCUCCCCUCUCACCUCCUCUGUUUCUAUUCCUCUCUCUCAUCCUCUGCUUCUCUCCCUCCUCUGUUCCCCUCUAUAGAACAGCCAACAGGAAGCUCCAUGACAGUAAUGACAGGCUGCGCAGUUCAAUGGAGAACCUCAGCAAGAGCAAUAAGGUGAGGUAGACACCCACAAAGCCACGGUAACAACACCAGCACGCUCUCUCUCUCGCUCUCUCCCUGCCUCUUAUCUUUGUUCAUCUGUCCCCUCUCUUUCAAUCUGCCCCCCUAUCCAACACCCCUUUUAUCCUUCAUCUUCCCAUCACUCUCUCUCUCUCUCUUUCUCUCUGAUCUCUCUGCUUUUAACGUCAGGGUUGAAUCUCUAAUGGCAGUCCUAAGGGCUUGUCUGUUGGAGGAAUCAUCUGAACCAUGUCUGAGAGGCAAAGACAGACAACAACAACAACAACAUAUUUUAGUCUUGACCCCUAACUCACUCUCCUCAUAACCUCAUAACUUCCACUCUUCUUCACACACUCUCAUCUAAUGAUAAUUCCUAUACUCACACAUAGGGUUCAGUACUUUUUUCAUUUUUUUUUCACCUUUAUUUAACCAGGUAAGCCAGUUGAGAACAAUUUCUCAUUUACAACUGCAAAUAUAUAUACCGUGUGUGUGAAUAUAGUAAGUUAUGGAGGUAAGGCAAUUAAAUAGGCCAUAGUGCAAAAUAGUUACAAUUUCAUAUUAACACUGGAAUGAUACAGUGGGGGAAAAAAGAAUUUAGUCAGCCACCAAUUGUGCAAGUUCUCCCACUUAAAAAGAUGAGAGAGGCCUGUAAUUUUCAUCAUAGGUACACGUCAACUAUGACAGACAAAUUGAGGAAAAAGAUCCAGAAAAUCACAUUGUAGGAUUUUUUAUGAAUUUAUUUGCAAAUUAUGGUGGAAAAUAAGUAUUUGGUCACCUACAAACAAGCAAGAUUUCUGGCUCUCACAGACCUGUAACUUCUUCUUUAAGAGGCUCCUCUGUCCUCCACUUGUUACCUUUAUUAAUGGCACCUGUUUGAACUUGUUAUCAGUAUAAAAGACACCUGUCCACAACCUCAAACAGUCACACUCCAAACUCCACUAUGGCCAAGACCAAAGAGCUGUCAAAGGACACCAGAAACAAAAUUGUAGACCUGCACCAGGCUGGGAAGACUGAAUCUGCAAUAGGUAAGCAGCUUGGUUUGAAGAAAUCAACUGUGGGAGCAAUUAUUAGGAAAUGGAAGACAUACAAGACCACUGAUAAUCUCCCUCGAUCUGGGGCUCCACGCAAGAUCUCACCCCGUUGGGGUCAAAAUGAUCACAAGAACGGUGAGCAAAAAUCCCAGAACCACACGGGGGGACCUAGUGAAUGACCUGCAGAGAGCUGGCACCAAAGUAACAAAGCCUACCAUCAGAAACACACUACGCCGCCAGGGACUCCUGCAGUGCCAGACGUGUCCCCCUGCUUAAGCCAGUACAUGUCCAGGCCCGUCUGAAGUUUGCUAGAGUGCAUUUGGAUGAUCCAGAAGAGGAUUGGGAGAAUGUCAUAUGGUCAGAUGAAACCAAAAUAGAACUUUUUGGUAAAAAACUCAACUCGUCGUGUUUGGAGGACAAAGAAUGCUGAGUUGCAUCCAAAGAACACCAUACCUACUGUGAAGCAUGAGGGUGGAAACAUCAUGCUUUGGGGCUGUUUUUCUGCAAAGGGACCAGGACGACUGAUCCGUGUAAAGGAAAGAAUGAAUGGGGCCAUGUAUCGUGAGAUUUUGAGUGAAAACUUCCUUCCAUCAGCAAGGGCAUUGAAGAUGAAACGUGGCUGGGUCUUUCAGCAUGACAAUGAUCCCAAACACACCGCCCGGGCAACGAAGGAGUGGCUUCGUAAGAAGCAUUUCAAGGUCCUGGAGUGGCCUAGCCAGUCUCCAGAUCUCAACCCCAUAGAAAAUCUUUGGAGGGAGUUGAAAGUCCGUGUUGCCCAGCGACAGCCCCAAAACAUCACUGCUCUAGAGGAGAUCUGCAUGGAGGAAUGGGCCAAAAUACCAGCAACAGUGUGUGAAAACCUUGUGAAGACUUACAGAAAACGUUUGACCUGUGUCAUUGCCAACAAAGGGUAUAUAACAAAGUAUUGAGAAACUUUUGUUAUUGACCAAAUACUUAUUUUCCACCAUAAUUUGCAAAUAAAUUCAUUAAAAAUCCUACAAUGUGAUUUUCUGGAUUUUUUCCCCUCAUUUUGUCUGUCAUAGUUGACGUGUACCUAUGACGAAAAUUACAGGCCUCUCUCAUCAUUUUAAGUGGGAGAACUUGCACAAUUGGUGGCUGACUAAAUAAUGUUUUGCCCCACUGUAGAUGUGCAAAAGAUGAUGUGCAAAUAGAGAUACUGGGGUGCAAAUUAGCAAAAUAAAUAACAAUAUGGGGAUGAGGUAGUUGAGUGGGCUAAUUUCAGAAUGGCUGUGUACAGGUGCAGUGAUCGGUAAGCUGCUCUGACAACUGACGCUUAAAGUUAGUGAGGGAGAUAAGAGUCUCCAGCUUCAGAGAUUUUUGCAGUUCGUUCCAGUCAUUGGCAGCAGAGAACUGGAAGGAAUGGCGGCCAAAGGAGGUGUUGGCUUUGGGGAUGACUAGUGAGAUAUACCUGCUGGAGCGCAGACUACGGGUGGGUGUUGCUAUGGUGACCAGUGAGCUAAGAUAAGACAGGGAUUUGCCUAGCAGUGAUUUAUAGAUGACCUGGAGCCAGUGGGUUUGGCGACGAAUAUGUAGUGAGGGCCAGCCAACAAGAGCGUACAGGUCACAAUGGUGGGUAGUAUAUGGGGCUUUGGUGACAAAACGGAUGGCACUGUGAUAGACUACAUCCAAUUUGCUGAGUAGAGUGUUGGAGGCUAUUUUGUAAAUGACAUCGCUGAAGUCAAGGAUCAGUAGGAAAGUCAGUUUUACGAGGGCAUGUUUGGCAGCAUGAGUGAAGGAGGCUUUGUUGCGAAAUAGGAAUCCGAUUCUAGAUCUAACUUUUGAUUGGAGAUGCUUAAUGUGAGUCUGGAAGGAGAGUUUACGGUCUAACCAGACACCUAGGUAUUUGUAGUUUUCCACAUACUCUAGGUCAGACCGGCCGAGAGUAGUGAUUCUAGUCGGGUGGGCGGGUGCAAGCAGCGUUCGGUUGAAGAGCAUGCAUUUAGUUUUACUAGUGUUUAAAGCAGUUGGAGGCUACGGAAGGAGUGUUAUAUGGCGUUGAAGCUCGUUUGGAGGUUUGUUAACACAGUGUCCAAUGAAGGGCAAGAUGUAUACAAAAUGGUGUCGUCCGCAUAGAGGUGGAGCCGAGCGUCGCCAGCAGCAAGAGCGACAUCAAUGAUAUACACAGAGAAUAGAGUCGGCCCGAGAAUUGAACCCUGUGGCACCCCCAUAGAGACGGCCAGAGGUCCAGACAACAGGCCCUCCGAUUUGACACAUUGAACUCGAUCGGAGAAGUAGUUGGUGAACCAGGUGAGGCAGUCAUUAGAGAAACCAAGGCUAUUUAGUCUGCCAAUAAGAAUGCGGUGGUUGACAGAGUCGAAAGCCUUGGCCAGGGCGAUGAAGACGGCUGCACAGUACUGUCUUUUAUCGAUCGCGGUUAUAAUAUCGUUUAGGACCUUGAGCGUGGCUGAGGUGCACCCAUGACCAGCUCGGAAACUGGAUUGAAAGCGGAGAAGGUACGGUGGGAUUUGAAAUGGUCGGUGAUCUGUUUGUUAACUUGACUUUCAAAUACUUUCAAAAGGCAGGGCAGGAUGGAUAUAGGUCUGUAACAAGUUUGGAAUAUAGAAUGUCACCCCCUUUGGAAGAGGGGGAUGACCGCGGCAGCUUCCAAUCUCUGUAAUAGGGGUUGCGACAAUUUCGGGGGGGGGGGGAUAUGGCAUGUUGCAAGCGGAGGGUGCAGAGCUGGUGGCCAGCGGUAGUGGUAGCCAGGGGAAAGCAUGGCCAGCCGUAGCAAAUGCCUUGUUGAAAUUCUCGAUUAUUGUAAGAUUUAUCCAGUGUUUCCUAGCCUCAGUGCAGUGGGAAGUUGGGAGGUGGUGCUCUUAUUUUCCAUGGACUUUACAGUGUCCCAAAACUUUUUGGAGUUAAUGCUACAGGAUGCAAAUUUCUGUUUGAAAAAGAUAGCCUUUGCUUUCCUAACUGAUUGUGUAUAUUGGUUCCUGACUUCCCUGAAAGUUGCAUAUCGCGGGGCUAUUCGAUGCUAAUGCCAGUACGCCACAGGAUGUUUUUGUGCUGGUCAAGGGCAGUCAAGUCUGAGGAGAACCAGGGGCUAUAUCUGUUCUUAGUUCUGAAUUUUUUGAAUGGGGCAUGCUUAUUUAAGAUUGAGAGGAAUGCACUUUUAAAGAACAUCCAGGCAUCCUCUACUGACGGGAUGAGGUCAAUAUCCAUCCAGGAUACCCGGGCCAGGUCAAUUAGAAAGGCCUGCUCGCUGAAGUGUUUUAGGGAGCGUUUGACAAUGAUGAGGGGUGGUCGUUUGAACGCGGACGCAUUACGGACGCAGGCAAUAAGGCCGUGAUCGCUGAGAUCCUGGUUGAAGACAGCGGAGGUUUAUUUAGAGGGUAAAUUAGUCAGGAUGAUAUCUAUGAGGGUGCCCAUGUUUACAGAUUUAGGGUUGUACCUGGUAGGUUCGUUGAUAAUUUGUGUGAGAUUGAGGGCAUCUAGUUUAGAUUGUAGGUUGGCCGGGGUGUUAAGCAUAUCCCAGUUUAGGUCACCAAGCAGUACGAACUCUGAGGAUAAAUGGUGGACAAUCAAUUCACAUAUGGGGUCCAGGGCACAGCUCGGGCUGAGGGGGGUCUGUAGCAAGCGGCAACAGUGAGAGACAUUUCUGGAAAGGUGGAUUUUUAGAAGUAGAAGCUCAAACUGUUUGGACACAGACCUGGAUAGUACGAUAGAGCUCUGCAGGCUAUCUCUACAGUAGAUUGCAAUCCCACCCCCUUUGACAGUUCUAUCGAGACGGAAAAUGUUGUAGUUGGGGAUGGAAAUUUCAGGAUUUUUGGUGGCCUUCCUAAGCCAGGAUUCAGACACUGCUAGAACAUCAGGGUUGGCGGAGUGUGCUAACGCAGUGAAUAACUCAAACUUAGGGAGGAGGCUUCGGAUGUUAACGUGCAAGAAACCAAGGCUUUUACGGUUACAGAAGUCAACAAAUGAUAACGCCUGGGGAGUAGGAGUGAUACUGGGGGCUACAGGGCCUGGGUUAACCUCUACAUCACCAGAGGAACAGAGGAGGAGUAGAAUAAGGAUACGGCUAAAGGCUUUAAGUACUGGUCUUCUAGUGCGUUGGGUACAGAGAAAAAAAGGAGCAGAUUUCUGGGCGUUGUAGAAUAGAUUCAGGGCAUUAUGUACAGACAAGGACAUGGAAGGAUAUGAGUACAGUGGAGGUAAACCUAAGCGUUGGGUAACGAUGAAAGAGAGCAUCACUGGAGGCACCGAUUGAGUCGGUCUCCGCGUGUAUGGGGGGUGGGACAAAGGAGCUAUCUAAGGCAGGUUGAGCUGGGCUGGGGGAUCUACAGUGAAAUAGUACAAUAAGAAAUAACCGAAACAUCAAUAAGGCAUAUUGACAUGGGAGAGAGGCAUAAAGCAAUCACAGGUGUUAUUCGAGAGAGCUAAGACAACAGCUCAGUGCACACACACGUACGCACACAUACGUGUAUGGACACACACACCCACACACACACAAAAACACACCCCCACCCACACCCACACACAGUGACCCAGACAGUUGUGACAGUGAUGUUGUGGUUGUGUUUCAGCGUGGUAGCUGUGCUUCCCCAGCCAGCACCAUUAGCAGGAGGAGCAGGAGCAUCUGUUACUCAUCUCCAUACCUGGACAGGUAAGACAGUACUAGCAACAGCCUGCUGGUGUGUUUGUCCAGUACAUACACUCUAAUACAGGUCCACACUGCACACGUACGUGUGUGUGCUCAAAAUCAAGUUGAUGUACAAUUAUUCUCAGGUGGAAGAUUAGCACUGGACACGUGCGUGCAGUGUGGACCAGUAUUAGAGUGGUCCACAUGCGUUUUGCAUUGUAUGCUCAUAGCCAUCCAUACAGGACACAAAACCGCACAGUUUCUAGCAUGGUUGUUGGAGCUAGCUUAGCGGUAGCGAGGAAAGGUUUCUGUUUCGAGUAGACUGUGUGGAUGUUGUGACAGACAGGGAUACCUCUGUCUGUAUACUGUCCCAGGUUCUACCAGGCGGGUGUGGAUGAGGACGGCGACCCGCUGGGCCUGUGUGGAGGUGAAGGUGGUGGGAGUUCUCUGGGGUGUCGGAGGCCCAGUCUGGACACCCUAGCCCUGGCUCUGUGUGACCCGGCCAUGCAGCGCAAACGCAUCUCCGAGGUAGACAGCCUGCCCGAGAGCUGCCUAGACAGCGGCAUGUCCACGCUGCGCGGCUCCAACAAGGGAUACGACUCUGAGCAGGAGGUCAAAGGGCAUGAGGAGGAACAGAGGGCGGCCGGGAACACCGACAGCCUGGCGGGAGACCACUCGGACAACGACGUAAGACACACAAACAUACAGUACACUCUACAGUAAUACACACACAUACACACUACAUCACACACAAACGCUACAUACAAACACACACACACACACACACACACACAGACUAUGCAGUAGUACACACAUACACACUAUACGCACACACACACAUACACACACACAUGCUUAUUACACACACAGACACGGACACAAACACACCCACACACACACACGCAAACACACACACACAAACAUACACACUCUUUACAGUAAUGCACAAACACACAAACACACACACAAACACACACACAACGACAUUAUACACACAUCGUCAUCCACUUGUACUACGUACACAUAUUGUUACUGAUAACGCUCAUUAUGUAGUGAUGUUAAUGCAAUAGUGUUAAUGUGUCAGGUUGCAGAGUUGCGGGAUGAGAUGGUGCUUGGAUCAGACAGUGAUUCUGUCCUGGACUGGAAACCCUUGGAGUCAGUCAGCCGGACCAGCUCUGUAGCGUCCACACGCAAAGCCCUCUCUGCAAUCACCAAUGAGGUACAGGACAGAGGGCAGUGGUGUGAGGAGAGGACAAGAGAGGAGAGUGUAAAUGCUGGAUUGUAAAUUAAAAGCUCAUUUUGGAGCUUUAAAACUAUUUAAAAAAGAAACAGACACUUGGCGGAAUAACUUGGUUAGCAGGCAGACUUGGUAGAAGACACGUGAGUGUAAAUGUUUGACUUAGUUCAGGAGGACGUCAUUCCAGUAUUAUGACAUGGCCCGGUACAAUACAGUCAAGGUGUGCCUUUAAUCUCUAUAACGCUUUUGGGGAGAGAGGGUCGAAGGAGUAGGGGUAGGAGAAAGUGGAAAAGGAGAGAGGGGGGGGGAGAGAGAGGGAGGGAGGAAGAGAGAGAGCGAGAAGAGAGAGAGCGAGAGAAGAAGAGGAGAGAGAGAGAGAGAGAAGAGAGAGAGAGAGAGAGAGAGAGAGAGAGAGAGAGAGAGAGAGAGAAGAGAGACGAAGAGAGAGAGAGAGGAGAGAGAGAGAGAGAGAGCGCGAACGAAAGAAACAAGAGGGAGAAAAAAACGGAGAGAAAAAAAAAAAAAUCAGAAAAGAGGAGCGAAAGAAAACAGCAGAGACAAAAAAACAACCCCCACAGCACCUUCUCAUCUCUCUCUCUCUCUCUCUCUCUCAAUGCCUCCCCCGCUCUCUCUCCCACCUCCUAUCUCGCUCUCUCUCUCUCUCUCUCUCUUCUCUCCCCCCCACCUCUCUCUCUCUCUGUGUGUAUAGGGGAAAGAAAAGGAGUCAGCUGACCUGGGCUAUAUGACAUCAGAGAAGGCCUACAGAGUGGUGUUGGCGGGCGAUGCAGCGGUGGGCAAGUCCAGCUUCCUGCUCCGCCUCUGCAAAAACGAGUUCCGAGGAAACACCAGCGCCACCCUAGGUGGGUGUGUCAGCAAACCUGUGUUAGCUCUCACUUGCUUACAUUAUCAUUCUAUCCACACAUUAGUUUUGACUGUAAAUGGUGAACAAGGAUUUAGUCUAGCUGGACCGCUCGGGCAUUGGUUAAUCACGCUUUUACACUAUUCUCCUCAACACAGCUUGGCUUGUGAAGCCGAACUGGCCCGGAAUUACAAGUCUCCAGGGCUCCAUCCCAUGGUGGUGGUGUUGAAUGCAUGCGUAGCUGCCUGGGACAGCUAUAGAAUAUAUAUUUAGAUGGUAAUGUGACUGUCUUUUGGAGUAGUGUGUUUGAACAUCCUCUUGUGUUUAUCCUCAGGGGUGGACUUUCAGAUGAAGACUCUAGUAGUGGAUGGAGAGCCUACCCUACUACAGCUAUGGGACACAGCAGGCCAGGAGAGGUGUGUGUGUGUGUUUGCACGUGUUAGUGAACAGUCUGUUUCAGCCUAUGUAGUGGUGCUGUGUUAACCUCUAGCCCUGUGUGUGUGUGUCGUAGGUUCCGCAGCAUUGCCAAGUCCUACUUCAGACGAGCCGACGGGGUCCUCCUGCUGUAUGAUGUCACCUGUGAAAAGAGCUUUCUCAACGUGCGAGAAUGGGUGGACAUGAUUGAGGUAGUAAUAAUUGAUUGGAUUUAUAUGAUACAUUUUUACAUCCAAUUGAUUCGAUUUACAUGACACUUUUCCAGAUGCUCAAGGCACUUCACAUAGUAAGGUUAAAACUCACCUUAUCCACCACCAAUGAGUAGCACACAUUUGGGUGAUGCCACGGCAGCCAUUUUGUAGCAUACACAAUAACUAUCCUCCAUAACAUUAGAUAACACAAAUAUAUAGUGACAAAAGCACAUAUCACAGCAUACUACAGGUCAUGGAGGGAUCUAAACAUUUUGGGGGGAGAAUGACUGUGAGAAGGUUCUGGUGACUUUUUAAAAGGACAUCCUACUCCAAAAUGAAUUAAUAUAAAAUUAUGCUAACAUUUAAAAUAUAAUUUCCCCUUCCAAAAAUGAACCCAAUAUAACGUAUUAGUCCAUAUUAUCAGGCAGGUGUGCUAUUUGUCAGUAAUUAUUAUCACCUGAUGCAGCAUAGUGGCUAUAAAUAAUUAGACUGAGGGUUGUCGAUUUACCCCAUUGGGCUAAUCAUUAGCCAGAACACAAACUCUAAAGUCUAAACAUUUGGCUGUCUUGUUGCUAGUUAUAGCAACAUCCCACUGGGCAAAAACUGGUUGAAGCAACGUUGUGUCUAUGUCAUUUCAAUAAAAAAAAUCAGAUUUGAUGACGUUGAAUCAACGUGAAAAACUCAUUGGAUUUGCAAAAAGUCAUCAACGUAAGGGAAUUUUUUCCACCCAACUUUUUACCUAAAUCCAAAGACAGGGAGACAUUUUUGUUUGAUUUCACAUUGAAUUCACGUUAGUUGACAACUCAACCAAAUGUAAAUCAAAACUACGCGUGCCUAGUGGGAUAUUGAUGACUUGAAUGUCCCCCUCAAAAAAAUUCCACUGGCACAACCAAGGAUCAUGUACCUUGAAUAUAGUGUAGCCAGUUACACCUGUUACACUUAGCCCCGGUCUGCCCUAUGCAUUCAACACCAUUGGUGCCCGCACACGCAUUAAACCAUGCUAUUUUCUCGCUCAGAAUGUGACAGGCUGAACAAUUUGAAUAGGUAAACUACUAUGGGGUUGACUGAUUUUGCCGUUGCUUAUCCUACUUGUGUUGUUGGCUGUGUAAAAUUAAAUGUGGACAACCAUUUUUAUACGUGUCAUUGCUGUGUUGCAUCGUUGCAGUGUUGAGUUGUGUGAUAACAGUGUGUGCAUCCCAAAUGGCACCCUAUAGUGCACUACUUUUGAACAAAGCGCUAUGGGCCCUGGUCAAAAGUAGUGCACUAUAAUGGAAAUAGGGUGCCAUUUGGGACACAACCAGUGUUGAGUUUUGGAUAGCAGUGUUGUUGUUGUUGUGUUUGUUGUCGGUGUUGGUGUUUUUGUUGGCCUGUGUUUUAACCUGCUGUCCAUCUGUGUUCAGGACGUGUCCCAGGACGACAUUCCCAUCAUGCUAGUUGGGAAUAAGUGUGACCUGAGAGAGCAGGCUCUACAGGACAGGGUCACCUGUGUCCCCACCAGCUUCGGAGAGAAGCUGGCCAUGGUGAGACCAUUCAACCCCAACGUCUUACUUAACACUUGACAUUAGUUACAUUUCUAUUUUGGUCAUUUAGCAGAUGAUCUUAUCCAGAGGGAUUUACAGUCACUUCUAGUUGUACCCAAGAAUAUAGCCUAGAACUAGGACCCAGAAUUUUGCCUGGUCAGGUCAAUGUAUGGAACAUCGGCCUGAUUGAGAAUUGCGUUGUUUGUUUCCUAUCAGACGUAUAAUGCCCUCUUCUGUGAGACUAGUGCUAAAGAUGGAUCUAAUGUCAUAGAAGCCGUGCUGCAUCUGGCCAGGUAAGAGAUACCAGAUCCUAGACAUCUCUGUUUUCUCUCUCUGCUAAGUGAUCUUUACCUGUAAAUGUGUUGCUCUCCUUAGAGUACUCUCUGAUCUGACUGAGUUGGAUACUUUUUUUAUAUUUUCGCUAAGUGUUCUUACAAGACCAAAAUGUAGAGCAAAAUGUAAAGUUUUGCUGCCCUCUAGUGUGCAAGAGUGUUCUGUACUCUAAUGCCCAUUAUAAACUGGGUGGUUCGAGCUCUGAAUGCUGAUCGGCUGAAACCCGUGGUAUAUCAGACCGUAUACCACGUGUAUGACAAAACAUUUAUUUUUACUCUUCUAAUUACGUUGGUAACCAGUUUAUAAUAGCAAUAAGCACCUCGGGGGUUUGUGGGUUCCACGUUGCGUUGUGCCUAAGUACAGCCCUUAGCCGUGGUAUUUUGGCCAUUUGCCACACCCCCUCAGGCCUUAUUGCUUAAUUAUACUAAUGCCAAUACAGUGGAGGUAUGCCUUUAACUCUCUUUCUCUCUUCUUCUUUUUUGUUCUCCUCCUCCUCCCCCCAUCAGAGAGGUGAUCAAGCAGGUUAAUGGGGAUGAGAACCAGGAGUCUGUGACUAACCUCUACAGAAGUCCCAACAAGAAGAUGCCGACUGUCACCUGCUGCACAGGAUAA